AUGGGUUGCGUCAUACGCGAAGCCACAGUAGAGGAUUGCGAACAAAUUAUGAGUCUGAUACAGGAAAUUGCUGCUUAUCAUCACUUAGAGCAUGACGUAACGAUAAAUUCAGAAGUUUUAAAAGCGGAUGGCUUUGGCGCAAACUCCUUCUUCAAAUGCUUACUGGCUGAACAGCCUGCGGAAAAUGGAAGUAAGCCAGUUCGCCCCAUCGGCUAUGCCCUCUACUAUUUCGGAUACAGUGUGAACCACGGACGGAUGCUUUAUUUGGAAAACCUAUACGUUGUGCCUGAAUUAAGAAGCAAAGGAAUUGGAAUGAAACUGAUGAAGAAAGUUGCAGAGGUCGCUCUGGCCGCCGGCUGCAAGGAAAUCAAAUUUGUGACGGUGGAAUGGAACCAAGGAGCGAAGGACUUCUAUGACCGGAUGGGUGCCCACGAUACUACAGAGUCCAUGCAAUGGCACUGCAUGGAGCUGGGCUGGGACAGCUUGCAAAGGCUGGCUGGGAAUUAA